AUGGAGGCUCAAUACGUCGUUUGCGUGUGCCUCGCACUGUUUAAUUUAUUGGUACCGAUCGCAAGUGACGAUUUACAAGGUCCUAAGAAGAUAGCAGAGACGUACGACGGACCCCCUGGGGGAUGCAUGUUCGCCGAUUGCAGUGCGGACCAAGUCUGCGUGUAUAGAAGAUUUCGUUGUAGGGUCCCGCCCUGUCCCGGAAUGCUGUACUGCGCGGGAUCGCGAACAGAAUCCUUGAGAGGUCCUGCUACCUGUGAAACCGUACAGUGUCCCUACAAACACGUGUGCAUGAUAAAAGUACGCCGCUGUCGAUGGGACACAAGGUGCGAGCAACAGAUGGCAAGAUGUGUAUCUCUGAAGGAAUUCCACGAAGGUCCCGCGUCGUGCGCCGGGUUCAAGUGUCCUCAAGGGAAGCAAUGCAUCCUUCGGGAGUCGUUCUGCGCGAAACCACCUUGUAGAUUGUUAAGAAGCUGCUCGGAGAACAGGGAAGUGCACCUUUGGCUCGGAAGAUGCAGAAGUUUGAACUGUCCAUCGGAGCACGAAUGCUUCCUGCGGAGACCAGAGAACAACUGUAUAAGUCCGUCAUGUAAACACGAACCGGAUUGCGUAACGACGAACGUGGACGAAGCGACGAGCGAGCAUUGUCGCGGAUGGAUGUGCCCACGGGGGCAGACGUGUAACGCCGAAGUCGUCGAACCUUGCGGAAUGAACGGCUGCGACGUUAAACGGUAUUGCCGCGAAUUAAAGACAGUGGCGAGGAACGAUUCCUCUUCCUUUUCGAGAAGGUCCUUGAGAAACAAGAGUGAAACGUCUGAAGGACAGAGUGAGUCUCGUUUAAUUCACAUCCUUUCCUUACAUAGAAAAUCUAAUGAUACAAACUAAAAUUGAUAACGUUUUAACACCAGUAUGCCUCGAUCAUGGCUCGAUCACUUAAAUUCGAAGACAGAGUUAGACGCCAUCGAGCUUUGGAUAAAAAACGCCGAACAGCAAAAAGACUUCAAGGUAACGAUCGUAGAUCCCCGAAUCACCCUUUCGCACGCCGUUCCAUACAGUAAUUUUGACUCGCAGCAAUUUCAAGAAUGGCUCCGAUCCAUCAAGAACAUCCUCGACUCCGGCAGCUACAAGGACUGGCUCGAGGAGAUUCUGUCGUCGCGCGGCGAAGAAUUUCGAAAAUGGGUACGAGCCUCGCACGACAGUCUCGAUCUACCGACGACGACGCGUGCGGUGACAGAAAAUCCAUACCCACUUCGAGACAGCGGAACGAACACAUCGGACGAUUUGAAUAAACGAGUCGAAGAGAUCGAGUCUUUUUUGCGGGACAAAAAUUUGACGAGCAUCCUCGAGAAAAUACUCGUCCCGAACAGGAUUUUACUGCCACCGCACACGGCUUUGGAAACGGGGCUCCUGAAUAAUCUGAGGAAAUCGAAUCGCUCCCUGUUUUUCAAUUACCUUCUCAAAUACCCGUUUUACGUGGGCAAUCAAUUUUUAUCGGUGCAACCGCCGAAGAUCGAGAAUACCUACGACAGACCAUACCUCGUGGUGCCAGUGGAACAUAUCAAGGACUUGGCGAACGCUCCGAUCGUUAAUUCCGACGCAACUCCGAAGGGUGAACAGGCUGGUAAUCGGGGUAAUGCUGAUUCCCAGAAUAAUUUGUCACCUACGAGAGACGAGCCACUGUCCUUGUGGAUAGGGGACGCGAAGAGUCCUGUCCAAGAUUCGAUUAAUCCGCCAAACGAGAGAGACUCGAAGGACGAGCCUCGGUACUUCGACGACGUCCCCGCAGACAUGUUAGAAUUAUUCCUUAAAUCUACACAAUCGAUCGAUGAGAAGCCCAGAGAACGAGACAAUUCACUUACAAUCAUAACAGACGAACAUGAUCAAAAUUUCGAGUGGAGUUCAAUGCCUCGUGGCGAAGUACAUACAGACAGGAACGAGGACGUGACUCAUUUUUCUCUGUUUGGCGGCGAUCGGUUCGAAGCUGAUCACGAGCCAAGGAUCAGCAUCUUCGUCGACGAAUCGGACGACGAUCGAUCUAUUAAUCACUCGGGUCGAUUAAACGACGUUCAUUCAUCAUCGGAACUGAACGAGAACAACGACGAUUCGGACUUAGAUCUACUGUUCGCGUUGAACAAGGACGGCCUGUUGCCUUACAUACAAACUCUGAUGGAAGUCAUAAACGCGGAGGACGAUCAAACGGAACCGAGACCCGACGGAAGUUCACCGAAAAAUUUUGUAAACGACAGAGCAAAAUCUAUGACGGCCGAACUGAAAGUUACGACCGUCGAGAAAAUCGAGAACGAUGUACGCGAGCCGGAUUCCGUGGGAACAGUGUCGGUUCAACAGGAAAAAAGUUCGGAGCCUGUGUCCAUUUAUCCCGAACAGGAAACCAACGUUCGGCAAUUUUACAACCCACCCAGUUACGGUGCCAGUAACGCAGAGAUUCCUUUUCAGGAUUAUUCGUACGUCGACUACAAUCGGACUGAUUCGAAAUCUUCCAACGAUCAAUAAACAUUUGAUCGGUCGCUCUUAAUAAAGAAACUUCGAAACCCGAUUCGUCAGAUAGAAUCUAGAGAUGUAGAAAAUAAAGAUGUUCCUGCUUUUCGAUCGACGCAGCAUUAAAACGUGUAUUUAUAUAUCGACAGAACUGUUGCCCUCGCAAAAACAUAAAUUAUGCCUCGGUUUGUAAUGAAAUUACGAUGAAAAGAGAUCGACGCGUGUUCGAUGCUCGAUCUCGUCGAAAGUAGGGACGUGAAAUGAAGCGCGAAAGAGAGAUACGAGAAAACUUAUGUAAGUCGUGAAAUCAUUUCCAUCCUGUCAUUAACUUACAUGCGUUACACGCGUUGGAAUGACUUUCAUUGGAAGGAUCGCUCUCGUUGCGUAAAAUACGACGGUUCGUAGAAUAAUUCAAAGUAUCAUCGUCGGUCACGCGGUUCUUGAAAAGUGAGAACGAUUGCAUCGAAGCGUGUAACGCAGUAACAUUGGCAAUGAUUUACGAACAAUGACUGCCAUGAGACGUGAAAAUUUCGAGUGUUUCAUUGACUUGGAAUGAAAUGCUAUGUCCGGUCAGAAAUUUGCAAAAAUGAAUGCCAAUCAGAAAUAAGAUUAAUAAAUUAAUAGUUGGAACGUAUUUUUCAUUAGGAUCGGUGACAAUGAUUUGCAGAUUUAAAAAUGCGAAUUUUCAUCGUGAUUAGCCGGUG